AUGAAGCUCAGCACCAUCCUAAGGGCCCUACGAGCAGCCUUGAAACAGCGUGAGGAGGUGCCCCGGGUCCCCACUCCCGGGAUCUCCCGAAUGUGUUUUAACCAAGGAUGCGAGCUCUUCACCAAGACUCCAUCAGUACUAACUGCUGGCAACCACCCUAACCAGCCCCCGCAGAAAGCCCAGGCACGCCUACGCCUAGGAGCCGGUUGGAGCCGGUUGCUAGCCACGUGCAUACGUGGCGUGAAGUGCGGCAUGGGGAGGAGCUUCACAGGGGGCGGGGAUUCAGACCCAUCUUUCUUCCCGAGUCUCAGAGCUGCGUUUGAUGCUCGGACCCUGAGGAGGCCGGAACCUUCCCGCUUCAGGAUCCGGGGCCUACCGGCCCUCGGGAGUCAGGGAAUGAUUGGAAGAGAGCAGGCUGUGCGGGGCCUGCCACGCAUCCUAGCAUUUCGGGAGGCCCUCAUAGACACCAUGAAGGGAGCCAGACUUCAGACCCAGCAGAAUGAAAGGAACAGAUACCAUGGCCCGGAGACCUGCCUGUGGUCCUCGGGCUUUGGGAUGAAGCUGGAGGCUGUCACCCCAUUCCUGGGGAAGUAUCGUCCCUUUGUGGGUCGUUGCUGCCAGACCUGUACCCCUAAAAGCUGGGAAUCCCUUUUCCACAGAAGCAUAAUGGACCUAGGUUUCUGCAAUGUCAUCUUGGUGAAAGAGGAGAACACCAGGUUUCGGGGUUGGCUGGUUCGAAAGCUUUGCUAUUUCCUGUGGUCGAUGGAACAGCAAAUACCCCCCUGCCAGGAUGCCCUACAGAAGAUCAUGGAAAGCCCUGGGGUGCAGAACAUCAUCUCAGGGAGGGCACCAGGAAGGGAUGGGGAAGGUCAGGCUCCAGGUCUUGUGAAGAAAGAGGUACGGCGCAUCGUGGACCAUAUGCAGGCCACUCCCCGCCCCUUGCUGCUCAGGCUGUUCAGCUGGGUGCUGCUGCGGUUCCUGAACUGCCUCUUCUUGAACGUGCAGCUCCACAAGGGUCACAUGAAGAUGGUUCACAAGGCCGCCCAGGCAGGCUCGCCGCUUGUCCUCCUCUCAACCCACAAGUCACUCCUGGAUGGGAUCCUGCUUCCCUUUGUGCUGUUCGCCCAGGGCUUGGGUGUGCUUCGUGUCGCUUGGGACCCCCACAUCUGCUCCCCUGUCCUCAGAACUCUGCUGAGGAAACUAGGGUGGCUCUUUCUGCCUCAAGAAGCCAACCUUGCCCUAGGUAGCUCUGAGGGGGUGCUGGCCAGGGCCGUGGUUCAUACGGUCCUAGAUCAGCUGCUGGUCAGUGGGCAGCCCCUGCUCAUCUUCUUGGAGGAGCCCCCUGGGGCCCAGAGGCCACGGCUGUCAGCCUUAGGCCAGGCCUGGCUGGGAAUGGUGGUGCAGGCGGUCCAGGCAAAUGUUGUCCCAGAUGUUCUCCUGGUGCCAGCGGCUGUCACCUAUGACCUGGUUCCAGAUGCACUGCCUGAUGUACACCACGAUUCCACUCCUCUGGGGCUGUGGACAGGAACUCUGGCCGUCCUGCGGAGUCUGCGAAGCUGUUGGGGCUGCAGCCACCGCGCCUGUGUUCGUGUGCACCUGGCUCAGCCCUUCUCCCUACAGGAAUACACCAUCAAUGCCAGAAGCUGCUGGGGCAGCCGGCAGACCCUGGAGCAACUGCUGCAGCCCAUCGUGCUUGGACAAUGGACUGUUGUCCCAGACACUGAGAAGGAGCAGGAGUGGACCCCAGUAAUUGGGCCCCUGCUGGCCCUUAAGGAAGAGGACCAGCUUCUGGUCAGAAGGCUGAGCCGUCAUGUCCUGCAUGCCAGUGUGGCAAGUUCCGCGGUGAUGAGCACAGCCAUCAUGGCGACGCUGCUGCUGUUCAAGCACCACAAGGGCGUGUUCCUGUCGCAGCUCCUGGGGGAGUUCUCGUGGCUGACGGAGGAGACGCUGCUGCGAGGCUUUGACGUAGGCUUCUCAGGGCAGCUCCGGUGCCUUGUACAGCACACUCUGAGCCUGCUGCGGGCCCACGUGGCACUGCUGCAUGUCCGCCAGGGGGACUUGUUGGUGGUGCCUCGGCCUGGCCCAGGUAUCAUGCACCUAGCACGCCUGAGUGCAGAGCUGCUGCCGGCCUUCCUGAGCGAGGCCGUGGGUGCCUGUGCUGUGCGGGGGCUGCUGGCAGGCAGAAUGCGACCUGAGGGGCGCUGGGAGCUGCAGGGCCUGGAGCUACUGAGCCAGAAUGAGCUGUAUCGCCAGAUCCUGCUGCUGCUGCACCUGCUGCCACAGGACCUGCUGCUGCUGCAGCCCUGUCAGUCUUCCUACUGCUACUGCCAGGAGGUGCUGGACCGUCUCAUCCAGUGUGGGCUCUUGGUUGCUGAGGAGACUCCUGGCUCCCGGCCAACCUGUGACACAGGGCGACAGAGUUUUAGUUCAAAGCUGCUGUGGAAGCCAAGUGGGGACUUUACUGACAGCGACAGUGAUGACUUCGAGGAGACCAAGGGCCGGUACUUCCGGCUCAGCCAGCAGUCUCGCUGCCCUGACUUCUUCCUCUUCCUCUGCCGCCUGCUCAGCCCACUGCUCAAGGCCUUUGCACAGGCGGCCGCCUUCCUUUGCCAGGGACAGUUGCCUGAUACAGAGUCGGGCUAUAUGGAGCAGCUGUUCAAGUUCUUGCAGGCCUCAGCCCAGGAUGAAGGGCUCUUCGAGUGUGCAGACCCAAAACUUGCCGCCUGUGCUAUUUGGACCUUCAAAGACUUGGGGGUGCUACAGCAGAUGCCAAGCCCUGCAGGCCACAUGCUCCACCUGUCCCCAACAUUUGUCAGCCGGCAGAACCAGGAAAAGCUGGAACAGUUUAUCCGGCAGUUCAUCUGUAUCUAG